AUGUCCUUAGGUACUCUAUACAGCAAAGCUCACAGCAGAGGCAGAGUCCCUGCUGCUAUUAUCGAUGUACACAACCUAGAUGUCAAAAUCGUGGAACCUGAUUCUUCUCCUGAAUUCCAAAAGUUGUUCCCAUUGAACAAGAUCCCAGGUUUCGUAAAUGCGAAGGGCCAAGCUAUACAUGAGACUAUGGCUAUCACAUAUUACCUAAUUAAUUUCAUUGAGGACGAACAAGCCAGAAACAGAUUGCUUGGUGCUGAUAUCGAUGAGCAAGCUCAAGUCAUGAAGUGGUUCUCUUUGGUGAACGCUGACUACCUUGAAGGUGUGAAGAAUGUCUUCCUCGUCAUCAUCGGUAAGAUGCCAUAUGUCAAGCAAAUUUACGACUACAAUGUCGAUGCCACCGAAAAGAUCACCAAUGUGAUCGAGGACAGAUUGACCAACUACACUUACCUAGCUACCGAGAACAUCUCUGUUGCUGACAUUAUUUUCGGUUUUGCUAUUGCUAUGGGUGUCGAGACCCACCUAGGCAAGAAGUGGAGAGAUGAACAUCCAGCUAUCAUGAGAUGGUUCAACACUAUGCUAGCAACCGACUACUUCAAGGGUGUGGAACUCAAGUACAUAGACAACCCCCCAUCCUUCCAACCUCCAAAGAAGCAAAAGAAGGAGAAGAAAGAGAAAGAAGAACCAAAGGAGCAAGCUCCAGCCAAGGCCAAGGAACAGGAAGCCCCAGCCGCUGCUGAGGCUGCUCCAGCCAAGAAGCCAAAGCACCCAUUGGCAGCUUUGGGUAACUCCACCUUCGACUUGGAAGACUGGAAGAGAAAGUACUCCAACGAAGACACCAGAUCAGUCGCUAUGCCAUGGUUCUGGGAGAACUACAACCCUGAGGAAUACUCCAUCUGGAAGGUUGCUUACAAGUACAAUGACGAAUUGACCUUGACUUUCAUGAGUAACAACCUAAUCGGUGGUUUCUUCAACAGAUUGUCUGCUUCCGUCAAGUACAUGUUCGGUUCUUUGGUUGUUUACGGUGAAAACAACGCUAACGGUAUCAUUGGUGCUGUUAUGGUACGUGGCCAAGACCACGUUCCAGCCUUCGAUGUUGCUCCUGACUGGGAAUCUUACGACUUCACCAAGUUAGACCCAUCCAAGGAGGAGGACAAGGAAUUCAUCAACAACAUGUGGGCUUGGGACAAGCCAGUUGUUGUCAACGGUGAAUCUAAGGAAAUCGCUGACGGUAAGGUUUUGAAAUAA